CGUGACACACCGUGCACGGCGUAGUGCGAAUUCUGAACGGACGAUUAACGCCGGGCAAAGUCUACGAAUUUUUGUUCAAACGUUUUAACAGUGCUGUCGAUGGAUUGGUUAUCGUGGUAAACGUAGAUAUUAAAGCAAGAAAUCGUAAACAGGACAAGCAUGAAAUUGACAGAAAUAACGUAUUGGUUCUGCAUUGUGUCGCGGUAUUUCUAAACGCGGGUUGGUUCUUUCUUUGCCCGCCUCUCUCCCCAUCCCCUAGACCCCUUCCGAAAAUCGCGCAGCAUCCUUGCGCGCGAAACACGCGUAUGCCGGUGGACGCACAUUGUGUGCCUGUACUUCGUUGUACAUACCUGUGAAUAGUGUAUUUUAAGCUUUAGUUUAACAAGAUGAGUGUGUGAAAAACCGAGGCGUUCAUAGUAACCGCGAGGAGUACGAAUAAUUACGAAUCGAACGGACUAUAUAUUGUACAACUGGUCGCGCUGUAGUCAUCGCGGCGAGGUAAAACUUGUACCGUGAGUCGAAAGAGUACCCACCAUUAAUUGUUACCCGCUGUCGUUUCGCGAAACGGAUUUGCAAACGAUCGGUACACCAACGGCCGAACGAAUCUGAAUUUUGCGGAUCUUUCGGUUUCUUCCCCUCUUUGUUUUCCUACCCCUAAUUCCCUUCCGUUGCCCGUCGAUGAACAAGCAGUUGUCGUUUUUUGUAUGUUUCACUUUUUUUUCCAUCGACAUCCCCCCAGUUUCGUUGGUUCGUCGCCGGAGCAGUUGUGUCGAUUGGUAAAACCCGAGAAGCCGAGCAGAGUAGAGCGAGUUACAUUCGUUCAACGAUUCUCUUUGUGUUCCCGUUUCGUUUUUCGUGUCGUCCGGCAGUGUUGUCAAAAAUCCGGCAGCACCGCUCGCGGCCAGCUGCCAUUGCUGUACUCUGUCUGGCGUUCUUGGUCGCGGCUUCGCGAUAAAUACGUUUCUCUGUGGUGAUUAUCCCCGUUGCCGUCGUCAUCGUCGUCAGCAUCGUCGUCGUGGAAACAACGGAGAUGCCACACUGUUAAGAGCCACACGUUCGGAACAUGCCCGCGGUACAGACGUAGCGGGGUGAUUCUACCUUUGGCUCCGGACGCCGGUUCUGAGAGAGCUAACCUUCACAGCGAGGGUUCUUCUUAUCUGUCGGAUCGUCGAUCAUCGUGCCCGUGGCAGCGGUACAGAUUGACAGAACGAUGAAGUGGCUCGGUGCGAGUAGCGCUGGUGCUGCGGGUGAACCGGCACCUUCUGUGCAGUUACACCAUCCUUCUGCAAAUGGACAUAUACCCGCGGAUGCAGAGCAAUGCGGACAAGUAAUGGCUGGUGGUGAUAGUAUGCGUAUACAACCUGGCCAAACACAUCAAAUAGGUGUAAGCAGAACACAAGAUGACGCAAUGGUGGGUUACGUGUUUCAACGACCCACAGAACCGGAAUUUAAUGCACAGUCUUCAAGUUUUCAAACAAAACAAGCCCCACGAGCUUGGGCACUUGCGGAUGAUGCAAUUAUUGAUAAUAAUCCAGAAAAAUGGAAAUAUCCCAUUACUAAACUGAGUGUACCACAACAGAAUCAACCGCAACAAUUAGGACUGCAAACUAUGAACAAUGUCCAUCUACCUUACGAGAUACAUCCCAUGCAACUUAAAAGUGGUGCACCUGGAGCGGAACAUUUAGUUUAUCUCAACAACCAGAUGACAGCACAGCAACAAGUUGCUCUCUUUCAUCAUCAACAGCAGCAACAACAGCAACAGCAGUUUAGAAAUGGACAGAUCGCUCCCUCGGCAAAAAAGCUCUGGGGCGUGGACGAGGGCGGCUCCAAGGACGAAGGGGGUGUAAAAGGCGGUGGGAUACUUCACCUGGGCGACCACCAGAUGUGGCGGGACUCGACGUGGAGCACCUCAGAUCAUGCCGUGUCACAGCCGAUUUCCAUGGGCACCGGUAGACGCGUGGGUGUGGGGACAGGAUAUCACCAUCAGACGUCAGAAGUCGGAACUGUCCUCAGUCCAAGAAGCAGCGAAACUGGUGGUCUGGGAGUCAAAAUGGUCGAGUACGUACUUGGAUCGAGCCCUACGACGCCCAAGGAUUUGGAACCCAGAAUGGCCUCCCUGAGAUUGAAUACCGAUGCGGACAAGAAAGAAAAAGAGAAGGGCUCGGCAAGUCCUUUCGACAGUUCGAAAGACGACACAGGUCCACAGAAUAACGGAUUAGCAUCACAGAACGGUCUUGACGAUGACAAAGGGUUUAACCGUACACCAGGGAGCCGUCAACCAUCGCCCGGAGAAGAAGAGUUCCAGAAGAAUGCGGCUGCCACCCUGGCCGUGAGCACCGGUGGCGGCGGUGUGGUGUUACUGAAGCCUGGCGUCGACGUGGUCGGCAGCGAGGAGCAUUUCAUGGCCGCGUUCGCGCCAGCACCGCCACACCAUCUUCAGCACCACCAAGCCCCACCCACGCAUCAUCUUCAGCAUCCACACUCGCACGCGGCGCAGCUUUUCGGCGCCCAGGCACCGCCGCCCCCGCAGGGCCCGCCGCCAUCGCAGCAACAACAACAACAGCAGGGACCGCCGCAGCCGCAAGACACCACCACUCACUUUGAUGUUCAGCAAUUGUUCCGAAGCCAGCCGCAGGGAGCCACGCCGCAGCAGCUGCAGUUGCUGCAGCAACAACAGCAGCAACAGCAGCAGCAGUACCUGGCCGCGUCGCAGGCGCAGCAGCAGCAGCAGCAGCAACAGCAGCAACAGAAUUUUCCCACGGCGCCGUACACCGUGAUCAGCGGCCAGGAACCGUACGUCGGCGCGUUGAUAGCCGGCGCGCCACCGCCGGUGGUGCCCCAGUAUUAUGGAGUCGCGCCGUGGGUUUAUCCAGCGGGACUGCUGCCGCAAGCGCCACCUCAGGCAGCGGCCCCGCCGCCCCCCAGACGACCGCUGACACCGUCAUCGGCCGCCGCCGCGGCAGCUGCCGCCCAAGACACGGCGAACAAUUUGGCGCAGACUGUUCAGGGGCAGUAUCAGGUGAUACCAGCGUAUUACGAUCAAAAUGGAUCCAUAGUGAUGGGCGGUGUGCGCGGAUUAAGCUCCGCGGCAACCCCCAUGAGACUGGUCAGUCCUGCGCCGGUUUUGGUGAACAGAGCCCCGUCUCAACCGCCGCCCGGACCACCGGCUCCACCGCCACCGAGUCUAUACUCUCAACCGACUCCCACAUCCCACAGUAACGCGACAGCAGGAGAAUGUUUGGGUCUGGCGGCGUGCAGUGCUGCAGCGGUGGUUGCACAGGCCCAAGCGGUCGCCGUACAACAGGCGCAGCAGCAAGGAUCAGGACUAGCCGCGGGUUUAGCCGCACUAGGAUACGGGGGCUCCCCACUGGGGGCGCUGGGCUCGCCCGCUCAGCUCCAGAGCACAGGUCUCGGUCUUGGCGCAUCGUCGACCGCUCGAAGAGACUCCUUCGAUAGAAACACGUCAGCGUUUAGCCCCAGCUUGGAGUACAGCCGCGGGAAGUGGCCCCAAAGUUACGGAGCCCUUGGCACGGUAACAGCAUCGCCAAGCCCAUUAGGAUUAUCCUUGACGCCGCCACCAACUUUAGGCGGAUCCUUAGGGGGGCUGGUCGGCGGAGCCAGUCGCGUCUCCGCUGCUCCCGGGGCCGAGGCAAAGUUUCGCGCGAGCACGGUUCCGGCUUUAACGGCAAACGGAGUUUUCGGUUCCAGUAACUCCCUUUUCCCGAACCUGGUGGGCAAACCCGGUCGCGGCGGCACCACCAGCAUCGGUGACAAAAACGCUGGAGGACGAUCACGCUUGCUGGAGGACUUUAGAAAUAACCGAUUCCCGAGUCUUCAACUGCGCGACCUGGCGAAUCACAUAGUCGAAUUCAGCCAAGAUCAGCAUGGCUCCCGUUUCAUUCAGCAGAAACUGGAACGCGCCUCGGCCAGCGAAAAGCAGCUCGUGUUCCAAGAAAUCUUGACUUCUGCUUACUCACUGAUGACGGACGUGUUUGGGAAUUACGUUAUUCAGAAGUUCUUCGAGUUCGGCACGCCGGAACAGAAAUCCACCCUCGCUCAAAAGGUUCGAGGACACGUACUGCCCUUGGCGCUGCAGAUGUACGGCUGUAGAGUGAUUCAGAAGGCUCUCGAAUCGAUCGGGCCGGAACAGCAGCAGGAGAUCGUGCGGGAGCUGGACGGGCACGUUUUGAAGUGCGUAAAAGAUCAAAAUGGGAAUCACGUCGUGCAGAAGUGUAUCGAGUGCGUCGAGCCGCGGGCGUUGCAAUUCGUGAUCGGUGCGUUCGCCGGUCAGGUUUACUCGUUGAGCACUCAUCCUUACGGGUGCAGAGUGAUCCAACGUAUCCUGGAGCAUUGCACUCCCGAACAGACCCAGGGUAUCCUUCAGGAGCUACACGCCGCCACUGAUCAACUCAUUCAAGAUCAGUAUGGUAAUUACGUUAUCCAGCAUGUACUCGAACAUGGAAAACCGGAGGACAAAGCACAGUUGAUCAACAGCGUUAGGGGUAAAGUACUUACACUUUCUCAACACAAGUUCGCGAGCAAUGUCGUUGAAAAGUGUGUAACUCAUGCUACGAGACAAGAACGCGCUGUGCUCAUCGAAGAGGUGUGCGGCUUUAACGACAACGCAUUGAACGUAAUGAUGAAGGAUCAGUAUGCCAACUACGUGGUGCAGAAGAUGAUCGACGUGGCGGAACCAGCGCAACGCAAAAUAUUGAUGCACAAGAUACGCCCGCACUUGAACAGCUUGCGCAAGUACACCUACGGCAAGCACAUCAUCGUCAAGUUGGAGAAGUUUUUCAUGAAAACAGCGUCAGCGAUGGGGGUGGCGACGCCUGCUGGUCCUUCAACGAGCGGAGGCGAUCUUGGCCCCAUCGGGCCGCCUGCUUCCGCUGCUGGUCCAGUCUCCACGCCGGCUCAGCAGCCAACGCAGGUUCUAUAAACGUACGGUUUCAGAAAGUAACAACCAUUCGAGAUCUUCGUGCGUUGAAAGGAACACGUACCCAAGACCUACGUAAAAUAUUUAUUGCAACGUGUAUCCGUCGUCCAUUGAUCCAUAAUGGGCGAGAGAAACGAGGAUCCGUUUUCGCGCGCCGUGCUCGUCUCGUUGUUCCUUCUUUCGGAAGCUAUAAAGACCCGAAAGCGUGAGAAACUACCGCGUAUCCAAUUCAAAACGUAACCGAAGGAAAGAAGGGAAAACACUACCGAGACGAUUUUUCUUAUUUUUACAAAAAAAAACCCCCGUAACGAAGGCCGACUGAAUUUGUACAGAACGUCCGGAGAAAGGACGACGCGGGAUCACGGCGCCGGGAAACGAGAAAAGAAGAAGAAAAAAAAAGAAAUUAAUAACUUCAAGGUCGAGAAUGUGUGUCAGGAAAAGAAUCAAUUUGUAGAGAUAACGUUAGAGGUGCAGUGCAUUUUUCUAUUAGCGAUCAAACGUGCUGCCGAGUAAUAUUAUUCGUAGCGAAUUCGUAUCGAAAUGUCCCCGAAAGUUGCACCGAUAACGUUUUUCGAGAACCGAAGUUUCUUCGCAAACGGCUCGAACAAGCUCUCGUCGGGCUUGAUCGUAAAAAGAAACUGCAGUGCUGAGAUGGCUGAUUGUCUUUAUCACCGCUCGUUUAAUCGAUCAGUUGACGCAAUUUAUAAAGACGGCACGAACACGUUCCGACAAUUUGUAUGAAAACUACUUUCUCCCCCGCCCUCCCCCCCUCCCCUCGGUUUGGGUAAAAUCGUUAUUUAACAAACACACAAGUUUAUUGUCCUUUUUAAACUCAGCACUAUUUCGUAAGAGCGUAGAGCUCUGUCCUCUGGCAAACACUUAAGCGAAAAUAUAGGAAAAAUGCAAAAAAGAGGUAAACAGCAAGAGAUAUCGCGCACGCGAGCCGAGAUCACAGUUAAGCUCGGUAAAACAACAGCAAACAAGGUUCGAAGACGAGAAAAUUGUGUUUAGACAGCUAGGAUAGAUCUUAGAGCUGCAUGCAUUUAUAUCGAGUUGUAACGAGAGUGCGAUGUCCGUAAUAUAACCAUGCGCGAGACGUCUUGAUCGCGAGUGUACCGUGCAUCCUUUCGCACGCUAAAAAACAAGUAGUAUUAUCUUUGUGCGCGGUACACGCGCACGAUCAACGAAUCGGUAUCGGUUCCAGAUUUGAUAGAUGGUUAGGAGCUACAAGAUAUGUUGAUUAAAAUCUAGCAUAGCGUUUGACAUGGGAAUGAAGCUGAGUAUCCCUGACCGGAUCGCUGAUCUGCCCCCUUGAUUGCUUCAGAUUGUUCGUGGAUAAAUAUUAAUAAUUAAAGGAGGAAAAAGAAUAAAAAACGAUACCAGGAAAAAAGGAAAGGAAACCAAGUUCGUUAUUCUCGUUUCACGUUUAGAAUGAAAUUUUCGAAAACGAAUCGGUAUAUAAACACGACAUAUACGCGUAUUCCUUCUCGAAAGAAAAAGGUAAAAUGAUAAAAGAAAAAAAAAAACGUAACAACAAUACCCGGAAUUUAGCAGAAGCGAUAUGGAAAGAAUGAAACAAAAGAUGGUAAAAGACAGUGAAAAAAUAAUGAGGAGAGACAUCAAGUCGUCAGCACGGUUCUCCUUUGUUCGUUUUACGUUUGUCGCCUUCGAGCGCGGAGCAUUUUUUUCUACUCUCUUAAACGUCCUUUUUACAUCCCCCUGUUCCCCUCAACCUUGUCCCUCGACCCUUUCCCGCGUACCCUGCCCCCCAACGGCCCCCCCUAUCCCAAAGAUCCUCGAAUUUUGUAAAUUGUGAUAUAAAUAAAUAACAAAUGUGUAUAGGAACGACGUGACAACCCUACAUGAGGAACCGUAAAUUCAAUGAAUAAUUUUAUUUUUCACGGGAAUUCUCUCCUUUUUAACGGACUUUGUGAAUAUCGUGUAUUAUAAUAAUUACUAAUUAUAUUAAAUUUAAAUAUGAUUUACGUUCUAAUGCUGCUGACCCUCGAUCAAUAUACGUUACACUUCCCAUUCUCCUACCGUGUUAAAGAAAAGAUGGUUUCGACCACCUAAAACCCCCCCCGUAAAUCCCACACCCCUUCUCCCAAUCACGUACACACACGCUCAUACAUUAUCCAGUUGUAAGAUAUAGACAUUUUUGACAAAGGAGACGCUUUAUAGGAAAGAGAUCGUUUAUAUUCGGAUUCAUUCGAUUCCCCCCCAAAAAAACCACACCCCCCUCGUCCAUCCAAGCUCCUCUCGCCCCCAUUUUCUCCUCAGUCCUUUUAAAAGUAAUCGCAGCCAUCGCGUGGAUCAACGCGCGGUGAUUUUUGAACGUAACCGAGACCCAUUGUACAUUGUAUAAAUGAUAACGCGUUCUUUAAAAAAAAAGAAGAAAAACGUCAGGAAAUUAAUGUUCCCAUUGCGUGUGUAUCUAUAUCUCUUUUCGCGCCACAUUUCCCCUCCGCCCAACCCCCAAACACCCCACCAAUUACACGUUCACACGUUAGAAACAUAUACCGUGUACACAUCCGAGCAUUUUCGAUUUGUAUAUUAACACUGAAUCACAAGACGGUGGAGAAGAGCACCUCUCAGCUGUUUUCAAUAGCGUCGGACUUGUUUUUUUUUUAAAUCGAAUUCGCGAACAGCGUUCAUUUCUCGAGUUCGGUUAGCUUCGUUUUUAUACUCUUCACUUCUCGUUCGAUAGUUGUAUAGUUGUACACGCGUUGAAGCCAAUUCACAUUCGAUGACUCACUCUCUCUCUCUCUCUCUCUUACACACACACAUACAUACGCAUUUUCUGCGGAUUUCAUCGCUAUUUUAAUCCAGUCGGGCAACGUUGUACGUACGAUUUUAUUCGUUCAGGACGCCGAUUUCGACAAUUUCGUUGUUCGGAUUUCUUUGUAAAUUUCUCCGAGAACGAACACCGCAUCGCUUCGAGACAGAACGAAAAAAAAGCUUCAUCCGUAUCGCAAUCACGAGUCGUGGCACGUGUGUAUAUAUAAAUUAUUCUUCGUCGGGUUUUAUUCGACGAUUGUACAAAACAGAAAAAAAAAAGAAAGAAAAAAUCAAGAAAUCACGCAAAGUUUUUUAAAUUCGAUGUUCGUACGCGCGACAACACCAUCCACUCCACCCCAAACACCAUUUGUAUACACCAUUUGUAUACACCAUCCGAAAAGGUUCGUUGCGUGCUGCAUUCUCGUAAUCGACGACAGACAAUGAUAAUAAUAAGAUCGAGUUGUAAUCUUAAACCGUGUACAAUGUAUAAUAUUUUGUUAAAACUUAGGUGUUAAAUAUGUAGAAUUCUAAAGGAACAGAAUGGAGGAAAAAAAGAACGGAGGAACGGAGACGAGAACAGAAAGCAAAGGGAGAACCGCGAAAAAAUGCAACUCGAGAUCCGUCGCGAUUUUGUACAAAAGCAAAUUUAAAGAAUGACUAAAAGUGCAAAAUACGGUAAGAGGAGGAAGAACAUAGCCGCGUUUCUUUGUAAGAUAUUGUAAAUAACGAUUUAUUAAUGAAAUUGACAAAUUCUUAGGUGCCCUUUCUCUUUCUUCUUCGCGCGGAGAUUACUUACUCUAGUUGGUGACACGACCCGGUUCACGAAUAGGAAAAAAAAAUGAACAAAUAAAGAAACCGAGAGCAAAGAAGGGGAAAUAAAACGUUGAUUGAAAGAAGAACAAAAAAAAAAAAACAAAAUGGUAGCGCGCGAGACGCCCAGUACUUAUCGGAUUUUUGAGGCGGUUUUUUUUAUUAUUUCUUAUUUUUUAGUUCGCUCGAUGUGCCCGCUCUCUCCCAUUCGCGAGAAACCUAUUAAUUUCGAUCGAUCGGUACUCGGUGCUCGCGUCGAAACGAUAACGAGAGACGAAUUUGUUGUUCCCCCCACCACCCACCCACCCAUUCUCCUCCCCUCCACCACACGCACGGAAUCGAUCUUUUCGGAAAUACGCUGAGAGGAGGCUGCUCGUUUUUGGAGCCGCAGAACACACACGAAAUAUAUAUAUAUAUAUAUAUACAUAUAUAUAUAUAAAAGGAUACAAAGAGGAAAAAAAAGAAAA